AAGAAGGUUGGUGAUGAAAGCUCGGUUGGUCGCUAGAGGUUUUGAGAUAAGAAAGGAGAACCUACAAAGAGAAUCCCCAACAUGUUCCAAGGAAGCGUUACGCAAUGAAGAAAUGAAGAUUAAGUUCGCACCUUUGGCUGAUCUUGGUCAACUGAAGCUGGUGGUUUAUUCGGAUGCAGCAUUUGGAAAUUUACGUGAUGGAGGUAGCCAAAAAGCGUAUCUGAUAUUUCUCGUUGGUCCAAACAACAAAUGCAAUAUUUUGGCCUGGCAAUCCAAGAGGAUCAAAAGAGUCACCAGAAGCACACUGGCAGCAGAGGCAACUGCUGCGCGUGAUGCAGUUGAGGCUGUAGUAUUUUUAUCUUAUAUCAUUUCAGAACUAUACUACGGCGAGGAACCUACCAAGAGAAUACCAAUUCAAGCAUUUACAGACAAUCAUUCAUUGUAUGUUGCGGUUACGGACAAAAAACGUUACGGAAUAAAGACUGCGAAUUAACAUCGCUAUGCUGAAGGAAAUGAUU